AUGUCCACUCAACUCGACGCCGCCUGUAUCGCCCGUCUCUCCCUACACGACCCGGCCCACUUCAGCAUCCAGCACUCGCAAACUCUGCAUCGCCUGGUGCUCCUACAGCACUGGAACAUUCCCACUGGUGCCAAGGUGCUGGAACUAGGGUGCGGGCAAGGGGACUGCACGACUGUUCUUGCAACUGCCGUGGGAGAGCAAGGAAGGGUGGUGGCGGUCGAUCCGGCGGACUUGGAUUAUGGUGCGCCAUAUACUCUUGGCCAGGCACAGGGCCACAUAUCGGAAGGCUCACUGGGUGAUCGCAUUACUUGGGUCCAACAACCCCCUCUGGACUACCUCUCACUCCCUACUCCCUCCCCCUCCUCGCCCCUCGCCGGCAAAACUAAGGCCUUCGACGCAGCAGUGCUCGCCCACAGCCUAUGGUACUUUGCCUCCCCUUCGCUCAUUCUGUCCACUUUGUCUGCCCUCAAACAGCACAGCAAGCGUCUCCUCCUUGCCGAGUGGUCGUUGGUAGCCACGCACUCCUCUGCUCAGCCUCACGUUUUAGCCGCGCUUACCCAGGCCGCGCUGGAGUGCCGUAAACCUAUUAGCGACUCGAAUGUCCGCACGGUGCUGGGACCCAAGCGGCUGACCGAGCUGGCCCUGGCCGCCGGGUGGCAGUUGCAGAGCGAGACCCGCGUGCAAAGUGGGGAGGGCUUGUUGGACGGACAGUGGGAAGUGUCCGCUUGUCUGUCUUCAUCGUUCAAAAAGGAGGUGAAGGAGGCAGUGAGUGAUGAAAGGGAACGGGCAAUGAUUCUUGCGUCACGGGAUGCGUGUGAGGCGAGCUUGGCGGGUAUUGCAGGGGGCCGGACAGGGGUUAGGGCCAUGGAUGUUUGGGUGGCUAGUUUCGUGUGA